GUUGUGGCGCCCUCUAUCUUGCAAACAUUUAAUUGCUCUGCACAAACCAGUUAUCCUGGACAAACAGAGGUGUGUAGAUAGUUGCAAUACUGUGUUAGUUGUAUUGACUCGAGUUGUCUGAGCAAGACGAUGGAUAUGUAACAAUAGGCGUCGGCCACUCCCAGGUGUUGACUUUAAAGCUCUUACAAGUCCAACAGAUACUCAUACGCGAUCCAACAUCACUCUGUUUGGUUUUAGCCUCAGUUAGCCAACGUGCAUCCUUGUUCUUGGAGUGAGGAAAAACAAAUCAUGGAAAAAGUAAAAGAGUUUCUUCAGGGAGUUGAAGUGGACCAGCGGACAGCGGCGCUCCUCACGGCUGCUGCCGGCGCGGUGGGAGCUGUGGUGCUGCUGGUGCACAAACUCUACAUCCACCAAGACGCGAAGGCUAAGAUCCAGAAAGCCAGAAACCGGAGGACUGCCAGCCUGCAGCGGGCUGAGCAUGCAGUCCUCCGGUACAAGACGUCGCAUCCAGGGAAUGACUCUGCUUUCAUCUUGGCGCUGUCUCUGUCUGAGCUGACAAAGAAACUGCAGGAAGGCUUGCUGAGUCCUGAGGACGUGUUGUACUCUUACAUGGAAAAGGCUCUGGAUGUAAACAAAGAUCUGAACUGCUGCACAGGUAUCCUGUUGGAGAGUUUUGACCAGCUGAAAACCUCCAACAAGGAAGGUCUCUUGUAUGGAGUUCCAAUCAGCAUCAAGGAAAACUAUGCAUACAAGAAUCACGACUCUUCUUGUGGUGUGAUCAUUAAUCUGGACCAGCCAGCCAAGAAGGACAGCGUGCUUGUUCAAGUUCUGAAGAGACAAGGAGCUAUUCCCUUUGUGAAAACAAACUUGCCCCAAGGCCUGUUGAGUUAUGACUGCGGUAAUCCCAUCUAUGGGCAGACCGUGAACCCCCACAGCCUCCAGAAGACCAGCGGAGGUUCGUCCGGUGGGGAGGGGGCUCUCAUUGGAGGAGGGGGCUCCCUGCUUGGUUUAGGCAGUGAUGUAGGGGGUAGCAUCCGUAUUCCGGCAUCAUUCUGUGGGAUCUGUGGCUUCAAGCCAACAGCAGGCCGGCUCAGUUCACUGGGUCUGAGCCCCAUUUAUCGAGGUCAAAAAUCAGUGCCGUCAUGUCCUGGACCCAUGGCGAGGGAUGUGGACAGUCUGGCUCUGUGCAUGGAGGCUCUGCUGUGUGACCACAUGUUUGCUUUGGACCCCACUGUUCCACCCAUACCUUUUAAUGUGCAGACGUACCAGAGCUCCCAACCUCUCAGGAUCGGUUACCUAGAAAACGACGGCUUCUCACAACCGUCUCCAAGCAUGCUCCGAUCCGUUAGAGAGGUCAAAGCUCUGCUGGAGCAAGCCGGGCACACUCUGGUGCCCUACACUCCUCUGAAGGUCAGUCACGUUAUGGUGGAACUGAUUGUUAAAGGUAUCUUCGCAGACGGAGCCGCCACCCUGUGUCAGAAACUGGAGGGCUGCCCUCUGGACCCCUGUCUCAGAUUUCAGGUUUUACCUUACUAUCUUCCUUCAUGGCUGAAGAAAACCCUCUCGGUCGUCCUCAAGAUGCUGUCUCCUCGUACUUCUGAAAUACUCAACGCCAUCUCUGGAGUUGGAUCUGUUGAAAAUCUGUGGAAGCAGCAUGCUGCAAUUGAGGACUACAUUCAGGAAACGAUAGCAGAGUGGAGAAGAUGCAACAUAGACGUUCUGCUGUGCCCUGUGAUCGGACCAGCCUACAACUUGUUCUACUGCGGCAAGCUUACCUGUUUUGCGUCUUACACGAUACUUUACAAUCUCCUCAACUUUCCCGCCGGCGUUGUUACCGUUUCCACGGUGAAAGCUGAGGAUGAGGAGGAACUCGAGCACUAUAAGGGCGUUUAUGGGGAUUACAUUGACAAGUACUUCAAACAGGCUGUGUCUGGAGGCGAGGGUCUGCCCAUGGCGGUGCAGUGUGUCUCCCUGCCGUGGCAGGAUGAGCACUGCCUGCGCUUCAUGAAGGAGGUGGAACAACUGGUCAAACAGAGCACAGUGUGAGGCCUGCAGGGCC